UCUGUCGCUGUCAGUUCACGGCAAAUGAUAUCUGUUUAUUGUCCUCGCAACAUCAGACGGUAUUUUCAACGGAGACCGUUAUCGUUGCUUUUUUCAGUCUUUCUGUCUCUUUUCUCUCUCUCCCUAGCCUGGUUAUUGGAGAACGGAGAUUGUUUGAGAAUCUAUUUUUCUCUGUUUCUUUUGUAGAUUGAUUGAUUCUGAGCCAUCCUCUAGAGGUUUGAUCAUGGUGUUGCUUUGUGUUUCAUUUAGCUUUUGUGUCAUAUGAGGUGGGUCUGUACUUUGUAGGUUCGAAGUUUUUUUAGACCAGAAGAAUUAAUACCCAUUUGGCUGAUAAGGCUUAUUGAAAUGGGAGAAGAUUUGAUUACUAGUCUGUCUAUUGAGAAUCACCUCCCAUCAACACUCUUAUCCAUGGAUUCUAGUUCUGUUUCUCAUGAGGAAUUGGACAGAGAGAUGAAUAGGACGAUAAUUCUUUCUAGGCCCCCUGAUAUUAAUCUUCCACUAUCUGCUGAGCGUAGUCCUCCUCCGCCAUCCUGGAAUUUGGACCCUUUUGAUAUAUUGGAUGUUAGCCUUGGACCCCAAAAUAAUGAGUAUGAUACUUCUCUCAAUCUGCCCAAGGGUGGACGUAAAUGCACUAAGAGAUUGGAUAGUGUAUGGGGUGCUUGGUUUUUCUUCACAUACUAUUUUAAGCCUGUAUUGAAUGACAAGUCCAAAUGCAAGAUUGUAUGGGAUAGUAAUGGCGUUUCUGGGUUUGAUAAGUCAGAUCUUGAGCUUGAAGUGUUCUUGGUUCAACAUGAUAUGGAGAAUAUGUAUAUGUGGGUUUUUAAGGAAAGGCCUGAGAAUGCAUUGGGUAAGAUGCAGUUACGUAGUUAUAUGAAUGGGCACUCUCGCCAAGGAGAGCGUCCGUUUCCUUUCAGUGUUGAAAAGGGAUUUGUUCGAUCUCACAGAAUGCAAAGGAAGCAUUAUAGGGGCCUUUCAAAUCCUCAAUGUGUGCAUGGGAUUGAGGUUGUCUCAUCACCCAAUUUUGAGGGUCUUGAUGAGGAAGAGCAAAAGAGAUGGAUGGAACUUACAGGGAGGGAUUUGAACUUUUCUGUCCCCCAAGAAGCGAGUGAAUUUUGUUCAUGGAGGAACCUUCCUAACACAGAAUUUGAGCUGGAGAGACCCCUUCCUCCAUUAAAGACUACUCCGCAUCCUCAUUCAAAGAAAUUGCUUAAUGGUUCUGGCUUGAAUUUAUCAACUCGACCAUCAAACCAUACAAAUGGUAAUGGAAUGGAUCUCUCACCUGUUUGCAACAAGAGGAAGAAGGAUUUAUUCCUGCAUGGAAAUGAUGAAGACUGUUGUUUGCUUAUGAAUCAGCAUAAUGAGAGAAUUCAAGAUACGGAAAUGCAACCAAUUGAACCACCCUGGCUAAAUGAUUUUAGUGGGGUAAUGAGGAAUGUGUAUGGACCUGUCACAGGUGCAAAAACGAUUUAUGAGGAUGAACAAGGUUAUCUAAUAAUUGUCAGCUUGCCUUUUGCUGAUCUUAAAAGGGUGAAAGUUACUUGGUGGAAUAAUUUGACUCAUGGUGUUGUGAAGAUCUCAUCUGUGAGCACAGCCUGCAUGCCUUUCAUCAAGAGAAAUGAUAGAACAUUCAAGCUCACUGAUCCUUCUCCCGAGCACUGUCCAUCAGGGGAAUUCAUUAGGGAAAUCCCUUUACCAACCCGGAUUCCAGAUGAUGCUAAGCUAGAAGCACAUGGGGAUGAAACAGGAACAGGUCUUGAGAUCAUAGUGCCAAAACAUCGUGUGGGACCAGAAGAACACGAGGUUCCUGUUUGCCUCCGCCCCCAUCUUGCAGUGAGUGAACUUUUGUUGUCUUGAGCAAGGUUUUGGCUGAAGCAGUGUAAGUAGCUGAUUUUCCAUUAUCUUGUAAUCAGAGAAACAAAAACUUCUAGUUUAUGAAAUAAUAUUUCACAUUUUUGCUGAUCAA